AUGGCAUCAACACAGCAACUCAAGACCAUGUCAUCCAACGAGCAAGACGAUGGCAUGAAAAUCAUUCACGCCGGUUUAUUCCGCACAGCCACCAAGUCCAUGACAGAGGCAUACCGCAUCCUGGGUUACAAAGCCCACCACGCUCUUGACGAUGUGUGGGCGGUCCCUUGGUCUGGUAUUGAGCAAGCGGCUGAAGCAACAUUCCCUCACCUUUCCCAGCUUCCAGACUACACCUAUAAGAGCCCUGAUGGAAGCGCGGCACCUCGGCCAACGUUCACCAGAGACGAUUGGCAGAGUCUUUGGGGACAAUACGACGUUGCCACCGAUAUCGCGUCCGCUUUUGUACCAGAACUUAUCAAAGCGUAUCCCGAUGCCAAGGUCGUCGUUGUUCAGAGACAGUACGAGAGUUGGUGGCCAUCGUUUAGAUCAGAGUGUUUGGAAACUCUCUACAGAGCCACCGCCCUCCAACAGUUCGUUGUUAGGUACGUCGUGCGCUUUCGUGCCGGGUACGCCAUGAAGAAAAUACACGCAGGCUUCUUCGGUGCUGAUGAGUACUCGCUUGAGUCUGUCGAACUAAGAGCAAGGGAUGUGUAUGAGGAUUAUUACCGCAAAGUUCGCGAGGCUGUCCCUUUGGAGAGCGGAAGACGGCUGGACUACAAUAUUGGAGAUGGAUGGGAACCGCUGUGUGAGUUCUUGGGAAAGGAAGUUCCAGAUGUGCCAUUUCCUAGGGUGAAUGAUCGGGCUGAUCACAGUGCAAGGGUGAAGAGGAAUCAUCGUAAGAUGACGAUUGAUGCAUUGAAACUCAUCAGCCCUAUCGUUGCGGUUGUGGUUGGUGUUGCUUUCUACUACUGGAGGUGA